AUGGCCGACCAUAUUAGAACUGUCGGUGUUGUCGGCACAGGUGUGAUCGGGUCAAGCUGGAUCGCGCUUUUCCUUGCGCGCGGACUACAUGUCGUAGUCUCGGACCCAGCGCCAGGUGCACGAGAGAAACUGGACCAGUCCAUCCAGGCUACUUGGCCGACAAUGAGGAAGAUAGGUCUCAGCGACAAUGCUUCACCGACAAACUACAGAUUCGUUGACGAUGUCGUCGAUCACUUGGAUGAAGUCCAGUUCGUCCAAGAGAACGCUCCGGAGAAGAAGGAAUUCAAAGCACAGCUUUUUGGGCGACUUGACGCAAAAGCAGCUCCAAAUACUGUCAUCGCUUCCUCCUCGUCCGGGAUACCGUCCUCGCAGUUCAUCGACCAGUGCCACAGGGCUCCAGAACGCGUAUUGAUCGGCCACCCCUUCAACCCACCGCACUUGAUGCCCCUUGUCGAGGUCGUUCCUCACACCGGAACGACCAAAGACGCAUCAAACACGGCACUGGAGUUCUACAGAUCUCUGGGGAAGAGCCCCAUCCUGAUACACCAAGAAACGCCUGGCUUCGUCGCCAACCGUCUGCAAGCAGCCGUCAUACGCGAGGCUAAGAGCCUGGUGUUCCGCGGUGUAGUGUCGGCGAGGGAUGUUGAUGCGGCGAUGACGAAUAGCUUAGGCCCGCGAUGGGCUAUCAAUGGGCCAUUCAUGAGCCAGGUACUGGGCGGGGGAGGCGGUAAGGACGGAUUCUUAAAACUCCAGCGCCACCUUGGACCUAUGAUCAAAGAGUGGCUAGAUGACAUGGACGAGCAUCGAACAGCACUGACCGAGGAAGGUAUUCAGAUGGUCGAUCACAGUGUGCAAGACAUGGUUGUGGACGUUGAUCUUGGAAUGAUUGCGAGGCACAGGGAUGAUGCGAUUCUGGACCUUCUCACUACGAAACGGAGAGUCGAGGAAUCCUAGAGAUCUUUUCGAGGUCUCGAAAGUUGAUACUGUAGGCAGCAGAUCGAUUCUGAGGAAUA